AUGACGGUGACCAAUCCAAACUCGCUGCGAUACAUUCGCAAGGUCCUCGUGGCUGAUCGAGGCGAGAUUGCCGUCCGUUGUAUCAAGGCUUGUAGAGAGCUGGGAGUCCACAGCAUUGCCAUCAUCACAAAUGCCGACGCAACCUCGCUCCACGCCACGUUAGCCGACGAGACGGUCUUGCUGCCGGGCGAUGACAGUACCGCUUAUACAGACGGAGAUGCCAUCCUGGGCAUAUGCAAACGCAUAGGAGCUGAUGCCAUCAUCCCCGGAUAUGGCUUCUUGAGCGAGAAUGUCGAGUUCGCAGAGGCAGCUGCCUCAGCCGGCAUCACCUUUGUCGGGCCUUCCUCAGCAUCUAUCAAGGCGAUGGGUCUUAAGCACGAGGCGAGAGCCAUUGCCGAGGCCGCAAAUGUGCCCGUGAUACCGGGUACCCAGCUUUUGGCGUCCGCCGCAGCUGCUACAGAAGCCGCCGAAAGUCUAGGGUUUCCCGUGAUGCUCAAAGCCACUGGCGGUGGCGGUGGGAUGGGGUUGCAGAUAUGCGAGGACAAAGAGCAAGUUGACAAGGCGUUCUCCAUGAUUGAGAGCCGCGCUGGUGCACUCUUUAAGAACAGCGGGGUAUUCCUGGAAAAAUACUACCCGCGCUCCCGCCAUAUCGAAGUCCAAGUCGCAGGCAAUGGAGAUAUUGUCGUGGCCUUUGGCGAGCGCGAGUGUUCACUACAGCGGCGACAUCAAAAGGUGAUCGAGGAGUGUCCCAGCCCGUUUGUGGAGGCGCAUCCGGGCCUACGCGAGAGGAUGGUUGACGCAGCAGUCACCUACGCGUCACAGUUAAAAUACAAGAGCGUGGGCACCGUCGAGUUUCUGGUUGAUGAUGAGACUGCCGACUUCUUUUUCCUGGAGAUGAACACCCGCUUGCAGGUUGAGCAUGGUAUCACUGAAAUGUGCUACGAUGUUGAUUUGGUACGCCUGAUGCUCAAACAAGCCGACUAUGAGCAUGGAGGCCAGCUGGGAAUUCCUUCUGACGUCUUGCGAGGUCUUGGAAGACCCAAACCACAUGGAUCAGCGAUCGAGGCCCGGAUCUAUGCCGAGGUGCCGCUCAGAGACUUUGCGCCGAGCCCUGGAAUCUGCCAGUUCUUGAAGUGGGCAGAGGGCGAUGGGGUGCGAGUUGACACUUGGGUCCGCAACGGCCAGCGCAUCACACCUUUAUACGACCCCUUGAUUGGCAAGUUGAUCGUCCACAGCCCUAAUGGUAGGCCAGCUGCCCAGGCGAAGAUGCUUGGGGCCUUGGCAGAGACGGCUAUUCAGGGAACACAGUCCAACCUGGAGUACUUGUCCAAAAUCAUCGAGUCGGACAUCUUUGUCAGUGGUAGAACGCUGACCAAUUCUCUGGCAACAUUCAAAUUCGAGAGCUGCUCUGUGCAAGUCCUCGAUCCGGGUGUGUAUACAACAAUCCAGGACUUUCCAGGCCGCAUCACCGUGGGUCAUGGGAUCCCCCCUGGUGGUCCGAUGGACGACCUUAGUGCUCGCGUUGCCAACAUUUUAGUUGGGAAUGAUCCCGGAGUGGAAGUUUUAGAAGUGACCUUGGUCGGGCCAGAGCUCCUAUUCCACGAGGCAGCCGUUGUCUCCGUCUGCGGCGCUCAGCUACCACUUACUCUGGGUGGUGAAUCUUGUCCCAUGUGGUCCAGAAUUAUCACUCCAAAGGGACAGUCACUCAAACUUGGCAAAAUCACUGGCAGUGGUAUUCGAACGUACCUCGCCGUCAAGGGUGGCUUCCCGCAAAUUCCCGAGUUCCUUGGGUCCAAGUCCACAGCCCCCGAGCUUGGGUUUGGAGGGAUACAAGGACGGAAACUUCAAAUCAACGAUAUUUUGUCUCUGUCACCGGACUCUGCAACCUGGGCAGCCGAAGCAACUCCAACAUCACUGUCCUCGGAAGCUAUACCAGCCUUUGGCUACACUACACUGUACUGCAUGGAUGGACCGUACGGCUCUGAUGACAUCCUCACCCCCGAAGGGCGAGAUUCUCUGUACGGCACAGAUUGGGUCGUCAGCCACAACAGCAGUCGAAGCGGAGUUCGCUUAGGUGGGCCACAGCUGAAGUGGGCGCGGACGUCGGGCGGCGGCGGCGGAUCACACCCAUCCAAUGUCUUCGACUACGGCUAUCCAAAUGGCGGUGUCAACUUCACAGGUGAAUCGCCCAUCAUCUUUGCGCAUGACCGUCCCGACCUUGGCGGCUUCGUCUGCCCGAUAACUAUCUGUUCCGGGGAGAUGUGGAAGGUUGGUCAACUGAAGCCCGGUAACACGGUACGGUUCCAGUGUGUGACUCAUGAUGACGCCCUUGAGAUUGUCAAGAGGAAAGACGCGUAUCUUGACGCAGUGAGAAACUUGAUCGGAGGAGCCUCCUCUCCUGUUCCCUCCCCUGUCAUCUCUCUCGACCACAGCUUGUUAUCUUCUAUUCUACAUCAGACCCCGCGAUUAGGGAACCACCCAAUGGUUACGUACCGCCAAGGAGGCGAUACCAAUAUCAUCGUAGAGUACGGCGAGCAAGUCUCGGAUCUGCGAAACACAGUGUGCGUUCAACUCUUGGGGAAGCAAUUGUCGACGGCAAACCUUCCCAGCGUCCGCGGCGAUGCUAAUUUCUCGUCCCUGACUGUACGCUUCGAUCCAUUCCAGAUGGACCAGGGCAGGCUGCUACAGCUCCUCAUCGAGUAUGAUGGGACCGUUGGUGAUAUCACCGGCAUCAAAAUACCUGCUCGGCAAGUACGGCUGCCUGUCUGCCUCGACCAUUCAUCACUCCAGGAGUCCGCCCAGCGGUAUAUGGAGAGCAUCAGGCCCACAGCGGCCUACAUGCCAGACAACGUCGAGUACCUCCAGAAAAACAACGCCCUUGAAUCGCGGAGUGACGUCUUUGAUUCUCUUUUAAAGACGCCGUGGUUGACCGUCGCUGUUGGUUUCUACGUCGGAACACCAAUAAUGUUCCCCCUCGAUCCGUGGCGCGUCCUGACAGGUCAAAAGUACAACCCCAGCAGGGUCUACACACCGAGCGGCUCCAUCGGAAUCGGAGGAUCGUUGGCAGCCAUAUACCCCGUUGCCGCGCCUGGGGGUUACCAGCUCAUGGGUCGCACGUUGGGCGGGUGGGAUGCCGCCGGCAACCGCCCGGGUUUCUCGUCCACGCAGCCCUGGCUGUUUAACCACUUUGACCUGAUCAAGUUCCACGCGGUCUCCGAGGAGGAAUACGACAAGGCGGAGCGAGACUUUCAAGCCGGUCGGUACGUGUUUGAGAUGGAGGAGAUUACGCUGGAUAUGGACGAGCACAUUGCAAAGUUUGAUGCCGCAGCGCAAGAUCCGAAGUAUCAGGCGUGGCGGAAGCGUCAAGAUGCGGCUGCUCAGGAGUUGGGAGAGACUGAGAAGCAACUUUUCCGCGAGUGGAUCGAAGCCAAAGAAUCCAAUAGCAGUCGCGAUAAUGCUGAAGACGAGGCUAUUGCUGGGAAGACCGUACUGGUGGAAUCUCCCAUUGAUGCCAACGUUUGGAAAGUCUUGGUAAAGCCAGGUGAUGUUCUGGAAAAGGGACAGACUGUUGCCAUUUUAGAGGCUAUGAAGAUGGAAAUCAAGAUAGUCGCUAGUGAUGACCAGGUUGGUGCUACAGUAGUGAAAAUCAGCCAGCCGCCUGGAAGUAUUGUAAGUCCUGGGGCAGUAAUUGUGAAGGCCAGGAGGGAGGAGUGA